CUCCGCUCCGGUUGCCGUCGGCUCGGGCAAGCUCGUCUCUUCUCUUUUAUCCCUUUCUUCCUCUUCGUCUCGUCUCGUCGUCGUCGGGAAGAAGCAGGAGGAGCCCGAGAGGGAGAGGGAGCGAUGCAGGUGAAGCAGAAGGUGUACGAGCUCUACAAGGGCACGGUGGAGCGGGUCACAGGCCCGCGCACCGUCUCGGCGUUCCUCGAGAAGGGCGUGCUCUCCGUCCCCGAGUUCAUCCUCGCCGGCGACAACCUCGUCGCCAAGUGCCCCACCUGGUCCUGGGAGGCGGGCGAUCCGAGCAAGAGGAAGCCAUAUCUCCCCGCCGAUAAGCAAUUCCUCGUCACCAGGAACGUUCCUUGUUUAAGACGCGCCAUCUCUCUCGAGGAAGAGUAUGAUGCAGCAGGAGCUGAGGUGGUUCUCGAUGAUGAUGAGGAUGGUGAAGGCUGGCUCGCAACACAUGGGGUGCAAGCCUCAAAUCGAGAAGAGGAGGACAUACCCUCUAUGGAUACCCUGGACAUAGGGAAAGCUGAAGGGAUAAAGUCUAUCCCCUCAUACUUCAGCGGUGGUAAGAAGGAGGAAGAGGAGGAGGAUAUACCCGACAUGGACACUUAUGAGGACACAGGGGAUAAUUUGGCUGCGGCUCAACCUUCAUAUUUUGUUGCGGAAGAGCCCGAAGAUGACAACAUCCUUCGUACUAGAACAUAUGAUGUUAGCAUCACGUAUGACAAAUACUACCAAACUCCACGUGUCUGGCUUACUGGAUAUGAUGAGUCAAGAAUGCCGCUAAAGCCUGAACUUGUGUUUGAAGAUAUCAGCCAAGACCAUGCACACAAAACGGUGACUAUUGAAGAUCAUCCUCACUUGUUGGCAGGAAAGCAUGCUUCAGUGCACCCAUGCAAACAUGCAGCUGUGAUGAAAAAGAUUGUUGAUGUUCUAAUGUCUCGAGGAGUUGAACCAGAAGUUGACAAGUACCUUUUCAUAUUUUUGAAGUUUAUAGCCUCUGUCAUACCAACCAUUGAGUAUGAUUACACUAUGGACUUCGACCUGGGCAGUACAAGCUGAUGACUGGUUAAUUGAAGGAAGACGAAAAAAUUCUGCAGAAGGCGCACACACGCUUAAUAUGGCUCAGAAUAAUCAUUGUUUGUUGAAAAAAAGAUUUGAGUGUGUCGUUGAUUGCGAUAGAAACCGUAAACUUGGAACUCUGAAUGCUAAAAGGGUUGUCGUCCUUGUACAUUGUAAAAGUUGUGGACAUGCUUAUCACUUGAAAUGAUUUGCUUUCAGAAUC